AUGCUUAAACGCCGUCGAAGGGCUGCUAAUGAGACUUGCCCGUUAGCUAGGACCAUUCAUAAGAUACUCAUAGAGAAAGGUAUACGCGCUGACCUAGGCGGCCGUGUACGGGAUUGGCUAGUCGGAAAGCAGUGGCUCCUCACUGUGGAAGACCUUGGAAUUGUCGAGGAGAGGCAUUGGCUGAAGUGGAAUGCUGAUGACAGGGUCUCUUUUGUGCAUGCGUGCAUUUGGCUAUAUGUGCCUACUUCUAAGAUACCUUGGGGUAUGGUGAUGCAUCUCAAAGAGGUCUAUUCGACCAAGCUGACGGAGAGGAUGCUGAACAAGCUCCCUGACGGUGAGCAGCAUGCCGCGACUGUUGGAUAUGGUUAA